AUGGACGACCCCAAUCUCUCCGAACCCCGGCCGGAUUUGAAGGCCAGGAUCUCCAAGAUGCUGCACACCUGGAGGGCCACCUUGUCCAGCAGCACAGAGUCCCGCUGGAGCCAUACCCUGGCCCUCUCGCAAGACCAGCGGUCCCCCGACGCCUGUUCCUCAUCCGAGCCCGGCCCUGGGUCCCGGCCAUCCAAUCCUCCGACAUCUGUGUCGGUCGCCCGCUCCUCGAUCCCAUGCCAGCUUGGACCUCAAAACCACCCACGCGGUCAGGACCCGUCGCCCACACAGGAUCGAUCGUCAAGCUCGCCAUGCUCGCGGAGGCACAUUCGUCCGGCCUCGGCUCUGGCCUAUGGCUCGCGGCCGCCGCCAAAGCCCUAUCGGAGACCCAUCCUCGCAGGCUCUCCCGGCUCGCACCCAGCAGGACAGGCCCUGCAGUCGAAAUCGUCCCUGGACUUUCAGCGGCAUUCGCCCAAACGCGAUCUGCAUCCAUGGCUCGCGAUGGCCGGCUCUGUCGCUUGCGCCGAUCCGUCAUCCUCGAUCGAGAUGCCUUCCUGCUCGACUCCACAGUCGGCCACAUCCUCUGCUUCUCCGACCCGACGGCGCCCGUCCAAAUCAAUGCAUCGCAACCCGCCAUCCGCCCAGGGCGCCGGGAGUGCCUCGCUGACUUUGGCUCCUUCGCCUCGACCAUCAAUCCCAGUCCGCCGCUUCACGCUCCCGACAGCCGCCACCACCAGCAUCGAACUGGUCUCGUCGAGAUCGUCCAAGCCCGGUGACUUUGAGCAGAUCCUGACCGCACGUUUGGCUGAAAUGAUCCAGCCAUUCCUGCCGCCGCUUCCACAACAAGCCCGCCAAUGGAAACUGCUCUACAAUCUCCAGGACGACGGUGCCUCGCUGACGACCCUGUUUUCCAGCGGCGAGAACCCAGACGAGGGACCGCCCUAUCCGAUCCUCCUGGUGAUCCAAGACGACGACGGCGGGGUGUUCGGUGCCUUCUCGAAUGUUCCCCUGAAGAGGGUCAAGCGCGGGUAUUAUGGAAAUGGUGCAUGUUUCCUGUGGAGAUACAACCACGCCGUCGAUACGAUGUCGCUAUACCUGUCCACCGGCCUCAACGAAUACUACAUCCUCAGCGAGAGCGGGGCCAACAUAGCCUUUGGCGGCGGAAACGGCAAGUUUGGGCUGUGGCUGGACGAAGACUUGUAUCGGGGCCACUCGAGUUCGUGCCCGACUUACAACAACGAGCCUCUGGCGCAGCACCCAGAUUUCUACUGCCAUAAUGUCGAGGUCUGGACCUUUGAGCUCUGA